UUCUAGAAACAUCCACACCCGCCUUCACCUCCUUUUUUUAUUUUCCCCCACUCCAAAACCCUAACCCUAAUUUCUCAGAUCCCGAUCGAAAUCAUCAAAUCAUCCAGAUUCGACGAUGAGCGUGGUCGGAUUCGACGUCGGCAACGAGAGCGGCAUCGUCGCCGUCGCUCGCCAGCGCGGCAUCGAUGUCGUCCUCAACGACGAGUGCGACAAGCAGCGGUUCAUCGGCACCGCCGGCGCCGCCUCCUCGAUGAUGAACCCUAAGAACACGAUCUCCCAAAUCAAGCGAUUGAUCGGCCGAAAGUUCUCCGAUCCAGAGCUGCAACGAGAUAUCCAAACCCUGCCUUUUGCGGUCACCGAAGGUUCCGAUGGGUUCCCGGUGAUCCAGGCUCGGUAUCUCGGCGAGCAGCGGGGGUUCACGCCGACUCAGGUUCUGGGGAUGGUUCUGUCGGAUUUGAAAGGGAUCGCUGAGAAGAAUUUGAAUGCGGCCGUUGUUGAUUGCUGUAUUGGGAUUCCGGUGUACUUUACGGACUUGCAGCGGCGAGCGGUGAUGGAUGCGGCCAAGAUCGCAGGAUUGAAUCCGUUGAGAUUAUUUCAUGAGACGACUGCGACUGCAUUGGCUUACGGUAUUUAUAAAACUGAUUUGCCUGAAAACGAUCAGUUGAAUGUUGCCUUUGUUGAUGUUGGGCAUGCGAGUAUGCAGGUUUGUAUUGCUGGGUAUAAGAAGGGUCAACUAAAAGUUUUGGCUCAUACAUUUGAUCGAUCACUUGGUGGGCGGGAUUUUGAUGAGGUUUUAGUCAAGUAUUUUGCUGCAAAAUUUAAGGAUGAGUAUAAAAUUGACGUGUAUCAGAACGCGAGGGCUUGUCUUCGUUUAAGAGCAGCUUGUGAGAAGUUGAAGAAAAUGUUGAGUGCGAAUCCUGAGGCGCCUUUAAAUAUAGAGUGCUUGAUGGAUGAGAAGGAUGUGAGAGGGUUUAUUAAAAGGGAGGAGUUUGAGAAUAUUAGCGUGCCUAUAUUGGAGAGGGUUAAGAGUCCCUUAGAGAAGGCUCUUGCUGAUGCUGGGUUGAGCGUGGAGAAUAUUCACACUGUUGAAGUUGUUGGCUCUGGCUCGAGAGUCCCGGCCAUUAUUAGGAUUUUGACGGAGUUCUUUGGGAAGGAGCCAAGGAGAACAAUGAAUGCGAGUGAGUGUGUUGCUCGUGGGUGUGCACUUCAGUGUGCUAUUCUCAGCCCUACAUUCAAAGUCCGCGAUUUUCAGGUGCAUGAAAGUUUCCCCUUCCCUGUUUCCCUCACAUGGAAAGGCUCUGCCACUGGAUCACCUGAUGAAACAGUUGAAAAUCAGCAGAGCUCAAUAGUAUUUCCCAAGGGAAACCCAAUUCCAAGUGUCAAAGCUCUGACAUUCUUCAGAUCUAGUACAUUCUCUGUCGAUGUGAUCUAUGCUGAUGCAGACAAUUUACAAGUUCUGCCUAAGAUUAGUACAUACACGAUUGGUCCCUUCCAAUCCACUAAAGGUGAGAGGGCAAAGUUAAAAGUCAAAGCUCGCCUAAAUCUCCAUGGAAUUGUAUCUGUUGAGUCAGCAACUAUGUUAGAGGAAGAAGAAGUUGAAGUCCCUGUAGCAGUCGCAAAGGAAGCUCCAAAAGAGGAUGCCAACAUGGAGACUGAGGAGGCAAAAGCCAAUGCGUCUGCGGCUGAAACUGAUAUCAAUAUGCAGGAUGCCUCUGGAACUGGGGUUGAGAAUGGUGCACCGGAGUCUACAAACAAGCCCGUGCAGAUGGAAACAGAGACAAAGCAGGCUGAGCCUUCAAAAAAGAAGGUAAAGAAGACUAAUAUAGCGGUUGUUGAAUUGGUCUAUGGAGGCUUGGCUGCUGCAGAUUUGCAGAAAGCUGUUGAGGAGGAGUUUGAAAUGGCUCUUCAAGACCGGGUUAUGGAAGAAACGAAAGACAAGAAGAAUGCUGUGGAGGCGUAUGUCUAUGACAUGCGGAACAAACUUCAUGACAAGUACGAAGAAUUUGUACAAACUGCAGAAAGAGAUGACUUGACUGCAAAACUUCAAGAGGUUGAGGAUUGGCUGUAUGAAGAUGGUGAGGAUGAAACAAAAGGUGUUUACAUUGCGAAACUUGAGGAGCUUAAAAAGCAAGGUGACCCUAUUGAAGAGCGUUAUAAGGAGUGGACAGAAAGAGAGCCAGCAAGUAGUCAACUUGGUUAUUGUAUCAAUAGUUAUAGAGAGGCAGCAUUGUCCAAGGAUCCCAAAUUUGAUCACAUUGAUGUUGAAGAGAAGCAAAAGGUUAUCAACGAGUGUGGGCAAGCUGAAGCAUGGCUAAGAGAGAAAAAGCAGCAGCAGGAUGCUUUGCCAAAAUAUGCCACUCCUGUUCUUUUUUCAGCAGACAUUAAAAGAAAGGCUGAGGCACUAGACAGGUUUUGCAGGCCAAUAAUGACAAAGCCUAGACCCCCACCAGCCAAACCCCAGACUCCACCUCCAGCAGAGGCAGGUUCUCCACAACCUCAAUCUACCGCUUCCGAGCAGCAGCCUCAAGAAGGCGGAGAGGAGCAGAUGAGCGAAGGAAGUGGGCAAGGCUCACCGCCUGCUACCUCUGACCCUAUGGACACCGAGAAACCAGAGGGAACUCCUUCAGCUUAGGGGAGGGAGGAGGAUUUUGGUCUCGUGGUUGUUUUACCGCGUCGCCUGUGCCUGGGUUUUUUGCCUCUUGGUUGAGGUGCGGGUGGUCUACAGACGUGUUUUAUAUAUGGCUUACGGAUUUGGUAGUAGGACUGCAGAAGGAAUUGUACCAGUUGUUUUUUUUUUCUCUCGAAGAAAUUCAGGUUUUAUACUCGGGGAUAGCCUCUAGAUUUUGCUGAGACAUCCCUGAGGUUUAGCAGUUGUUUAUCUUUGUUCUCUAUCGUUGCUCGUUUGUGCAUUUCGAGUUUUUCUGUUGCCUUGAA